CCCCUCUUUUUACAAUCUCUCUUCCGCAAUGCACAAUCUCCCUCCUUUCUUUAUAAUUACUUGAGAAGGCAUCUUCUUCUUCUUGAGAUCAUUAACCUAAAAUAAUGAAAUCUCCUAUUUUUCAUCUCUCUUUCACUUGCUUCUUCUUAAUCACUGCUGUUCUCUCAGCUGAUCUCUCAAAGGAGUCGCUAGGUAUCCACCCUGAAGAAUUGAAGUACUAUAAGUCUAUUAAGAUCAAGUGUAAAGAUGGAUCGAAAAGCUUUUCAAAGGAACGAUUAAAUGAUGAAUUUUGCGACUGCCCUGAUGGCACUGAUGAGCCAGGGACAUCGGCCUGUCCAGAGAGCAGAUUUUAUUGCCAAAAUGCGGGUCAUGUUCCUGUCACACUGUUUUCUUCUCGUGUCAAUGAUGGGAUUUGUGAUUGUUGCGAUGGAAGUGACGAAUAUGAUGGUAAGGUUAAGUGCCCCAAUACUUGUUGGGAGGCUGGAAAAGCGGCUCGAGAGAAAUUGAUGAAGAAGAUUGCCACAUAUCAAGAUGGCGUUGUAGUAAGAAAAAAGGAUAUCGAGCAAGCAAAACUGAUGAUUGCUAAAGAGGAAGCGGAGCUGUUAAAGCUGCGGGACGAGGAGAAGCUGCUGAAAGAUUUGGUUGAAAAGCUCAAAGAGCGUAAAGAACAGAUAGAAAAGGCAGAGGAACAAGAGCGGAUAGCAAAAGAAAAAGAAGAAGAGAAGCUAAGAGAAGCUCAGAAGAAAGCAAAUGAGAAGGCCUCUGAGAAGGGGGCAGAUGAGAAGGAAGCCAAUGAGCAAGAGAAGAAAUUCGAGGAAACUCCACCUACAGACUUUGAUGAUUUCGUUGAUGGGUCAUCUGGAUCUUCAGAUAAGCAUGUAGUAGAAGAGAAAAGUGACUCCAACAAUGAAGCUGAAGAGGGUGGUCAUAGUGCUGGUCGUAAUGCAUCUCCUGAUAUCACAAUAGAGCAGGAGAAAGACAAAACUGAUAACACCAUUGACAAAAUUGAUCAUAAGAACGAAGAAAACACUGAAAAUAUAGAAGGUCUUUCAAGAGAAGAGUUGGGCCGCCGUGUUGCUUCUCGGUGGACGGGAGAAAAUGUAGGGCAGCAAGAUAAAGAAGCGACUGAUAAUAAAGAGGAAGAGCAUGAAGAUUUUGCAAAUACCCAAGACAGUGGAGAUAACUAUGAAGAUGAGUAUCCUUCAGAUGCUGACGAGGAUACUAGAAAAUAUGAUGAGGAUGAAAUAGAUGACAGGAAUAAGUAUGAAGACGAAGAUGAAGAAGAGGGACCUUAUAACCACGACAUUCCCUACAAUUCAGACACAGAAGACAAUACAGACAUAUCUGAUUUUCCAACCCUUAGCAGCUCAUCUUGGUUGGAUAAGAUAAAGGAGACCUUCCAAUCUGUACUGAAAGCAAUUAAACUGUCAAAUGAUCCAGUGGAUAAAUCAGAGGCUUCCCGUGUUCGCAAGGAAUAUGAUGAUUACAGUAAAAAGUUGUCCAAAAUACAAUCAAGAAUAUCAACUUUGAGUGAAAAGUUGAAGCAAGAUUUCGGGCCUGAGAAGGAAUUCUUCUCGUUCUACAAUCAAUGCUUUGAGAGCAAACAGAACAAGUAUGUCUACAAGGUGUGUCCGUAUAAACAAGCUUCCCAGGUAGAAGGCCAUAGCACCACUCAGCUAGGGAGAUGGGACAAAUUUGAGGAGUCAUACAAACAAAUGCAUUUUUCAAAUGGAGACCACUGUUGGAAUGGACCUGACAGAAGUUUGAAGGUCAAGCUUAGGUGUGGCUUGAAGAAUGAGCUCGCUGAUGUCAAUGAGCCAAGCCGUUGCGAAUACGUUGCAGUGUUGUCCACGCCCUCUGUAUGCCUAGAAGAAAGAUUACAGGACUUGCGAAAUAAACUGGAAGCCAUGAACGCUGCCCGAGCUCAAAGCCACGAUGAACUUUAACUGCCCAAUAUCGACAACCAUCAAAACACACUGAGAAGGCGGGCCUCUUGAUCUUUAUUGUCUCUUGGAUUGCAUGGUGAAUUGAGAAACUUUUUGUAUUCUCUAUCUCACGGUUAUUUUUGUGUGACCGAGAAGCUCGAAGAGGCCGCUCGAUUCGGAAGUUAGCAAAUGCACUUUUAAGUUAUGGUUCAGAAGUUUUGCAGUGUUCAGUGAUGAGCAACUUCACAUCCCUAUGGAAAAGGAUGACCCAUAAGUUGUUUAAGUAACAUGAUGUGGUCUUUGAUCCUUCUUUCGUUGGGUCUCUUUGUAUGUUACUUAUGUUGGCCCAUGAUUGGUUAAUGUAACUACAAAAAAUAGAAUAGGAAACAAUUGAGCAUAAACAUGCAAGGGUGCUUUAAUUUAGUUUGAGUUCAUGAGAGAGAA